UUUCAUUCAGUCUCACGAUGUAGUGGCGAGUGAAUUGAUCAGGAAAAAAAUAUACGUAUAGAUCAUAUAACACCGUAUAGGUUAAAUUUCUACACUAAAAAAUAUUUCAGUAAAUAUGAUCAUCAUGGAAGAUCCCAGCGUUGAAGACAUUUUAAGUUUAUCGUCUCUGGCGGAGAUUGUGAUCAAAUGUCCGCCAGAGAUCACCGCUUAUUUGACUGGCGCUGCUUUAUUCACUCGCUUCAAUCAAAGUGCUGCUGUUGCUGGCGAUUCCUUCUUCGACCCCAACGUCGUCAGCGGCAAUAACGAGCAGCAUCACCUUUACGGCGUGACUUCCGAUUGGUCAUUGUCAUCGAUGAGCUCCAGCAGCGUCCCGACGCCAUCCGGCAUCCUGCGCAAUCACCAGCAGGAGCUGCAGCAGGAGCUGCAACACAAUAGUCUCAGCAACGCCAGACAGCACGAGGAGAUGCAGAGGUUGAAAUACUACUCGUACGGCAUCGCCCUGCCCGCCAUCUGCAUUCUGGGUAUUUUGGGCAACGUUCUCAAUUUGAUCGUCUUGACUCGGCCGUCCAUGCGAGGGCCGGCUUACGUCUACAUGAGAGGUUACGCCGGUGCAGCGCUGCUGGCCAUCGUUUUCGCGCUGCCCUUUUCCAGUCGAAUUCUAUUCCACAACGAAAUUGGACCUUGGAACAGUUUCGCCCAGGCAUUUUUCCACGCUCAUCUCGAACUAUUUCUAGGCAACGCCUGUCUGGGUAUUGGCGUUUUCAUGCUGGUGGCUCUGACGGUGGAGCGUUACCUGGCCGUCUGCCGGCUGGGACGGACGCGGGCUUUCGCUGCCAAAAAGACUCCGCUCGUCGCCCUCGGCUUGGCUCUCCUGGCCGUUUCGCUCUACCUCCCCUACUUGUUCCGGGCCCACGUCAUCACCUGCUCAUCGCUGCCCGACGGAUUGCCCGUCUACAGAAAGCGCGAGAACCCCUCCUUCGCUCAUUCCACACUCUGGGCCGUCUACCUCUGGAUCCUAGAAGUCAUCUUCAAAAUGGCGCCGACACUGAUCAUCGUCCACCUGAACUGUUGCAUCAUCGUCGUGUACAGGCGGACGUGCGCCAGGCGGAGGAGGAUGUUGACCAAGGCGCCGACGGCCUCGCAGCUCCUCCCGCCGCCGUCGUCGGUCCAGAGCGCCAACGGCAGCAGCAGCUUGGGCCAGCAGCGGGAGCGGGACCAGCAGCAGACGAGCGGCUCGUCGCCCACCACCAUGGUCAUCGCGUCCGUCACCCGCGACGGGGCCGUCAGUUUCGUCUCCAACAACGGCUCCGCCUGCAACGGAAACGAACUAGGAGGAGGCCAGCAACAGCAGACGAGGAUGCCCAACGGCCAGCAGCCGGCGGACGAUUCCAGGCGCUACUGGGAGGAGAAGCGGCUCAUGUUCCUGCUGGGAUCGACGUCCAUCCUCUUUUCCGUCUGCAUCACGCCGCAGUUGGUGCUCAGUCUCAUGAUCCACGAAGCCGUUCUCCAAUCCUAUUACUUCCAGGUUUUCCGGGCGGUGGCCAACAUUCUGGAGGUGACCAAUUACUCGUUCACCUUCUACAUCUACUGCAUGUUCUCACGCGAUUUCCGAGCCACUCUGUUCCAGACGCUGCGCAUCUCCACCCGGCCAACUGCGGCGGCCCAGCAGACUUGCUUGUAAUCCAACCUCCAUUUGAUUUUUGAGCCGGCCAGCACACCUCAUCCAUAUCACCGGUGGAUCGCUAAAUAGAUAUAAUAUAUUCAACCAGUCGGCAUUUUUU